UUAAUCCUACCGCUCUUCAAACCCCACACAAAAUCUUAGUCCUUUGGUCUUGUUCUUCUCUCUGCUUGCACCAGUUGCGGAGCCAAAUGGAAGACACAAUCUCAGAAGUCGUGAAUUUACUCCCUCCAGGAUUCAGGUUCCAUGCCACUGAUGAGGAGCUGCUGAUUCUUUACUUGAAACCGAAGAUUCUCGGACAACCCGACGAACUCUACUACAACAUAAUCCAAGAGAUUGACUUAUGCAAGUACGAACCUUGGGACUUGCCAGGCAUUGCCGGUCACAUGUUCAACAGUAAGGAACUGUUUUUUUAUUGCUGCAUGAAGCGCAAAUACUUGAACAGCAAGCGCUCCAACCGGACGACAGUAGCCGGUUACUGGAAAGUGACCGGGAAGGAACGCCGCAUCAUGAGCGAGAACACCAACGAGCAGAUAGGAAUCAAGAAGACAUUGGUGUUCUACAAAGGUCGCGUGCCUGAUGGCAAAAGGACCAACUGGGUCAUGCACGAGUAUCACCUAAAAUCCAAGUGUUUGGGCGAUAAUCACGAAGAAGGCGAGAUGCUGCCUUAUGUAGCAUGUCGGAUCAAGUACAAGAAAGACAAGAAAACGACAAUGGAUCACGCUCUAACAAUUGGCCCUGAAGGCUAUUUAAGCAGCCCUUACACAUGCACUAGCGAUGUAUCAAACCCCCCUGUGAAUCAAGAAGGGGACUUGCCGAGCUACUGCAACACCCUCAACAAUGAAGUUGCUGAUCACCAAGUAGCUGCUGAUGCUCAACCCCAGACGUCACUGGAAGAGAUAAUGAAUUCGCUCUCUCCAUUGGAGACACUGGAUGACUGUAUAUCAAACUACAUCAACACUCCAACCUAUCAGCCACAGGCAGGAGCAGACGAAGGACCGUCGUCCUUCUUUGAUUUCUCUGAUGACAACUCCAUGCAGGAACUCAGCAAAUUAUUCCGGUCAGGCUGAGGCAAUUUAUGAAGACAUCUCUACUACAACGUACGACAAUGGUGGAUCGUGAUUUGGAAGGAGCGUGCGUGAGCGCGUGGGUUUUUUUACUUGUGAUGUAGUUGGUAUUGUGAGUGUGGCUUUGGGAGUGAAGUGAAAUAUAUGUAGUUUCAUAAUUUGUACGUCUCUUAGCUUGAGAGUCGUGCUUUCUUUUUAUUUCGGGUUGUAUUUUCUACUAAUUGAGAUGUAAUAAAUAAUAAAUAGUGUUAUGUUAUUCAGGGUAUUUCCCUAAUUUUUAUAUU